ACUGAUCUGGAAGAGUCACAGGCCACUGUCCAGAUUGGCGCUGGACCUUCAAAACAGGCAGUGGUCUUCUAAAAUGGACGUGCACGCAGUUCCUGCAGACAGACAGAAAGCAUGGUAUUUGUCCCUCAUGGCACCCAACAUAAAAGGACCAACACACGCCUGGUUGGACCCAUCCAGAAUCUACUGCAACUCUCAGGCUUUGGUAGACUGUGUCCAAGACCUUCUUGAUCCAUUCCGCACUGAGCCCAUUGACCUCGUGGCUGGAAUUGAUGCCAUGGGAUUCAUUCUCGGAGCAUCACUUGCCACCACCCUUGGAAAAGGUUUUCUGGCGAUCCGCAAAGCAGGCCACCUUUGUGUCCCAACUGAACAGCAAGAGUACACUGACUACACGGGCUUGAAGAAGAACUUGGAAACCAGGCUGGAUGCCCUCAAACCAGGUCUGAGGGUUCUGAUAGUGGAUCAAUGGAUUGAGACUGGAGGCACCAUGAAGGCUGCGAUUCAUCUGGUGGAGAAGCUGGGAGGCACAGUCGUAGGUGUCGCAGCGGUAGCCAUUGAGAACACUGAAGGAGGGAAGUGGAUUAAAGAACGCUACAAAUUCUCACAGUGCAUCCCAGAAGAACUUCAGAACCAGAUCGAUCAGAAGUAUCUGGACUCCUUUAAAAUCUAAUCUGAAAAUGGCUGGUGUAU